AUGGAGCUGAAGUUACCCUCAGACAAGAUCAAGAAGAUCAAGUCCGAGGCGAAAAGUCUACUGCAAGCAGAUGCCUUGACGGCGUUGGCAGUUUCCAGAUUUCUGGGCAAACUGAACCAUGCGGCCCAAGCAAUCGCUGCGGCACCAUUGUUUUACAGACACCUGCAGAGGUGUCUACAAGUGUCUCUCGAGGAGGGGAAUCAAGAGUACUCCCAUCCUUGCCAUCUGUCACCAGAUGCCAGAGAGGAACUGACAUGGUGGACGGAUCACCUGUCUCACAAGAACGGGAAACAACUCCUGUUGGCGAAGCCGGACAUGGUGAUAGAGACAGAUGCAUCCACAAUAGGCUGGGGAGCAUCUUUCAACAAUGUUCGAACAGGCGGACCAUGGUCCCCACAGGAACGACACAUGCACAUCAACUGCCUGGAAUUACUGGCGGCAUCCCUUGCGAUCAAGAGCUAUGCCAAGGAUGCUACAGAUGUUGUGAUCCAUCUAAAGAUGGACAACACGACUGCCCUGACUUACAUCAACAAACUGGGAGGAACCGUAUCACCGGAACUCAACCGGUUGACGAAAGAGCUCUGGGUGUGGUGCUUUCAGAGGAAUAUCACUCUCAAAGCCUCUCAUCUCGCGGGUUCGUUGAAUGUGAUUGCCGACGAGGAAUCCCGAGUGAUGAAAGACAGAUCGGACUGGAUGCUAUGCCCGAAAAUCUUUCAAAGGAUAAACUCGAGAUUCGGCCCACUGGAUGUGGACCUCUUUGCCUCUCGACUGUCCCAUCAACUCCCACAGUAUGUGAGUUGGAGACCCGACCCAGUAGCAAUAGCCACAGAUGCCUUCACAAUGAACUGGAAAGUUUCGAACGGCUAUGCCAACCCACCUUGGAACUUGAUAGGCAAAGUCCUGCAACAAGUCCAACAACAGAAUGCAGAGAUUGUGCUUGUGGCACCGGACUACGAAAGUAGGACCUUGGCGAAUCGAGCUGAUGAUGAAAAGCAAGCUCAACUCCUGAUUGCUACAAUACAACCCUACAAAGCGGUGUCAUCAUCGACCGUAGCCAGAUGGAUUAAAACAGUUCUGGCGAAGGCCGGAAUCGAUACGGAUAUCUUCAAAGCGCACUCGGUGCGAAGUGCUGCAACUUCAGCUGCAGCAGACGCUGGGGUCACAACGACCGAUAUCCUCUCUGCAGCAGAUUGGAGCAGUGAGAGUAUCUUCCAAAAGUUCUACUACAAGCCUCAGAAGAACAACAUCUUCGGGAAGGCUGUCCUGUCUACCAAGCUGUCGACCACUGACAAGCUACAAAAUCACGUUGAUAUGGAGACAGAGCAUUCUGAAAUAUAA